UAUGCGCUCUGCCGCUAGAAAAUAUAUUUCAGCAACCUUAACGAUUUUUAGUAGGAGAACUUUGUUGAUUCAUUGCAGUGAGUUUGCGAUUUAGUUGGUUUGUCGACUUCAAAUUAUAUUUAAAUACGCAUAUAUUAUACAAAGUGAUUAAAAAUGAAAGAAUAUAUUUUUGCUUUAUGCAUUUUUUGUGCAUUAUUUGCUGUGAACGCAGAUAGUGAUCCUCCAUUACUAUCGGAUGAUUUUAUGGAAAUUGUGCGCAGUAAAGCUAAAACUUGGACGGUUGGACGCAAUUUUCACGAGUCAAUACCCGAGGCUCACAUUCAUCGCUUGAUGGGAGUUCACCCUGAUGCGCAUAAAUUUGCAUUACCUGAUAAGAAACAUGUAAUGGAAGAACUAUACGCUGCAUCUGGAGAAGACGAUGUACCUACGGACUUUGACGCACGAAAGGCCUGGCCAAAUUGCCCAACGAUUUCUGAAAUACGCGACCAAGGUUCAUGCGGUUCAUGCUGGGCAUUUGGUGCAGUUGAAGCAAUGUCCGACCGUGUGUGUAUACAUUCGAAUGGAACAAUAAAUUUCCAUUUCUCUGCUGAUGAUUUAGUUUCCUGUUGUCAUACUUGUGGUUUUGGUUGUAAUGGAGGAUUUCCAGGUGCUGCUUGGAGUUAUUGGACUCGCAAGGGUAUAGUCAGUGGUGGUCCUUAUGGUUCCGAUCAGGGUUGUCGUCCUUAUGAAAUUGCUCCAUGCGAACAUCAUGUGAAUGGAUCUCGUCCAGCUUGUGAUGGGGAACAUGGCAAUACACCUCGUUGCCAACAUAAAUGUCAAGGAAGUUAUAAUGUAGCUUAUGAAAACGAUAAGCACUUUGGUUCAAAGGCGUAUUCCAUUGAAAAUAAUGUGCACAUGAUUCAGAAAGAAAUCCAAACAAAUGGUCCAGUCGAGGGCGCUUUUACAGUCUAUGAAGAUUUGAUUUUGUACAAAGAAGGUGUUUAUCAACAUGUGCACGGCAAAGCCCUAGGAGGUCACGCUAUCCGUAUUUUGGGUUGGGGAGUAGAAAAUAGUAUACCUUAUUGGCUAAUAGCUAAUUCAUGGAAUACUGACUGGGGCAAUAAUGGCUAUUUCAAAAUAUUGCGGGGACGAAACCAUUGCGGAAUUGAAGACUCAAUAUCUGCGGGCUUGCCUAAAUAAAAUUUAAUUAUUAAAUCAUAUUAAAAAUAUUGUAUAUCAAAUCAUUCAUAUAUUUUGUUUUAGCUGCAAAUAAAAAUGAUAUAAAUUAGUAUAAUAAAU